GUUUGCGUUUCGAUUGUCGCAAUGGAGACGCCCCGGACGAGGUACCUUGGCCUCAUGCGCAUCGUCUCGAUCGUUCCCGUCACGUGCAUGCUGCUUUUCGCGUCGCUCAACUGGCGCCUCGUGCUCGACUACGUGUGCAUGGACCGGGAAGCGCUCUUCAUUGUCCGGCGGUGGACGCUGCCGGCGCCGGCGCCGACACCGUUCUCGACCAAAACGCGCUACGACGCUGCGCUGCCGUUCGAGCCUCAAAGCCUCGACGACCUGCGCUCGCUGCCGCAGUGCAAGCUCGUGCAGAUGAAUGCGCUCCUCCGCCAUGGCACGCGGUACCCCAUGGCGCCCGAGUUUGCCAAAAUGCAAGACGUGCUCGUCUGGCUCCAGUCGACGUUCCAUGACGAUGUGCCAGGCUGGCUCCAAGCCUACAACUUUAGCUACGACGCGCAUGCAGCUGAAGGACUGGCGCCUGCAGGUAUCCACGAGCUCACCGGUCUCGGGCAGCGCGCCGGUCGCCUCGCCGACCUCGUCGGCUUGUCGCGCGACUAUACCCCCGAGCGCUACGUCAUCGAGCACACGCACGUCGCCCGGACAAAAGCGAGCGCCAUUGCCUUUGCAAACGCCUACUUUACGAAUGCGUCGUCCGUGGCCUACGUCGUCAAGCCCGCCGGCGAGGACAUUGAGUUGCGCUUCUUUGACAACUGCCCGCGCUACUUGCGCGACGUGCGCAACAACAAGACGGCCAUGACGAUUGAAACCAAACGCUUUGAAGCAUCGGCGCGCGCCCAAGAGCUUCUCACCGAGCUGCACCGGUCGCUGCAGUUGCCACCGACCGCGCCGCUCUCGUUCAGUGAGCUCAAGACCAUCUACGACGCGUGCUCGUACGAGGUGGCGCUCUUCCACGACCGACGCACGUGGUGCCGCCUCUUCUCGGCCAAGGCGCUGGGACUCCUUGACUUUCACGCCGACUUAAAAAAGUACUACGAGUGCGGCACGGGCUAUGCGAUUGAUUAUGCGAUCGCAGCGCCGCUCCUGGCGCACAUGCUGCGCACGAUGGAGGCCGCCGCUUCGAACCCGUCGUCGGGCGUCGUCGGCUAUUUUCGAUUUGCGCACGCCGAGACAUUGCUUCCGCUCGUGUGCCUCCUCGGCCUCUGCACCGACACCAAGUUACGAGCCGCCUUUGACGACGACGAGAUCGCGCAACGGGUCUUUCGCGUCGCUGCCAUCUCGCCCUUCGGUGGCAACGUGGCCUUUCACCUGUUUGCGUGCGGCGGCGAACACCGCGUCCAGCUGCUUUUGAACGAGCGGCUCGUACGUCUGCCGAGCUGUGGCGAGAAAGGGUACUGCACGCUGCCCGAGCUUCGCACCAUCUACGCCACAGCGCUGACGUUCAACUUUACAGAGCACUGCCGCGUCUAAGUCGAAGCAUCGGCUCUUCUUUAUUGCGCGUCCCCGCUCGCCAGGAAUUGAACCGGCAUCAGCUCCAUUUAAUGCUGUAUGAUGUACUUUGUUCGGUCCUAUAAUGGCUCGAUGCUUAUCAGCUCUACUUCCACUCGGGGUAGAACAGAGAUGGUAUCGACAACUUUAACAGGAUCCAAGGACGUU